CCUGCUCCCUGGUGGUACCUUUUCUAUAUAUUCACGUUAGAUGUGACAAAUACAUGCUGUUAAAAUCAGUAAAGAACAAGAAGACUACACUGAAGAGAUCUCUAUAUAUACAACACUAAUAACAAUAACCCCGGCAAACUUUUGACCAAUAAAAUAUUUAUAAUGGACAUAUGGGACGACAAAAAGUUUUUCAAUCAGCAGCUUUCAGAAUACACAGUUGGCUGAAGUACUCCGCAGAGGUUCUAAACACACAUGAUGGUGUUUUUCAGUCUCAUAGUUUUCUUCACUUUUUUUCGCCGGGAACUAGCUUGUAGAUCGUGUACAGAUCACCACUCAGAACAUGGUUUCGCCCUUGUUGAUCACGUCUAUAACUCAUUAAGUACAGAUCACCUGUUUGCUUGUUACAUCGCUUGUAGCAUGCAACCAGCUUGUCAAAGUGUUAAUUACAACCUUGCCUACAAAAUCUGCCAGUUUAACAACACAAAGUAUUUUCGUUCCAAGUAUUUUGUGAAGAGAGCGAAUUCAGUUUAUGCUGAUAAUCCUGACUCGGAAACCCCUUGGCAAAAGCUGAACACUGCCCCAGUGUGUUUUGGGGCGAAAGACGAUAACUUUGGCAGCUUUGAGGUUGAAAUUGGUGGCUCUGUUAACUCUGUGAAGCUUGUUCACGUAGCGGGUGAAGUCACUUGUAUUUGGAGUGACGAUGAAAAUGCAUGGUCUAAGUUUGGUUGCCGUAAAUCGCAAUCCGAGCUUGAUACAUUUAUCACGACCGCAAAUGACGACAUCCUGCUACCGGAUGGUGAAGGCUUACGGUAUACCUUGCCGGGCUAUCACCCAGAUUCCCCGGAGAUUGUCUUCUCGGAUAUCUCAACUCCGCUAUUUCUAUCUUCUGGGCAACAGCUGCGAAUCUGGUACGGAGAGGAUUUGAUAAACGCACACGAGGGAGAUAAUGGUGGAACCACCUGUGUUGAUGUGUAUGCUAAAUAUAUAUAAAUCAAUAAGGAGUUACAAUGUAUAGCACUGUAACCUUAAAGCAGUUAAAAAUACGUGUUUUGCUUCUAGUUUAUCCUUAUUCUCGGGCAGUCUAAGUUUCACCCGCUUUUGUUUCCUGGCAGAGGCUGUGACGGAGCGAGCGACUGGGACGAUAUCUCAGAUUCAGGCUAGCUUAAUUAAAUUAGGCUUUUCACAUCUGUAGUUUUCGUGGCUUAUUUUACAUACAUUCAUAAAUGGAUACUUUGUUUACAUCACAAAAUUUUAAAAAACGCAAAGCUAAACACAUGACAAUGAUAACGUAAAAAGAAGUCAAAGGUAGAAUAAAAUUAAACAGAACAGUCAUUAAGAUUCUUUCGCCUGAGUAGGCGCUUGAAAUCCGUCACGCAUGGGCUAAGUUUGAGCGCAGGCUGCAACUCAUUCCACAGAGAGGUCGCGCGAUAUUGAAAAGUCUUUUGGACGCUAGCAGUGCGGAAGAGUGGUAUGUUCAAAAGUGGAGAGCUCCUGGUAGUCCUAGUCGAGACGGCGGAUCUGCUGACGAGCUUAAAUGUAAAAACACAAGUUGGCUUGGAGUGGAAACGUGGAGUGGACUGCGGAAGAUAUUCAUGCGUGCCACAAUACAGCUUUGACAAGAGCCUCCAGGCACCCAAUGAACAUUGUCGUGUGCUGGAUUGACCCUGUCUUUGUACAUAAAUGUAAAUAAGGGUUUCAUUAUUGCUGUUUUUGUUGCUGGCGUACAUAUGUUCUUGGUGAGCCUUACAUACCAAGGCGUUUACGUACAAAUACAGAUUUUUGCACAUGUUGGCCGCGCAAAAAUUGGGUUUGAAAUCACGAUGGCUACAAGGAUAAAGACGUGACAUUUUUGAGAUCAUAUUAAACAGAAAAAAAAAUUAGACCUCCAGCCACCGAGCAAGGGAAGAUAUAUAUGGCUCUUUUAAACUGAAAUGAGCGGAUAAUU